AUGUAUACUCUUCAGGAGGUGCAAAAGCACAACAAACCAGACGAUGUCUGGAUCGUCCGGCACAACAAGGUCUACGAUGUGACAAAAUACAUGGAUGAUCAUCCGGGCGGAAGUUCUAUUUUGAUCGAAGUCGCUGGUACAGAUGCCACCGAAGCUUUUGAAGAGACUGGUCACUCGGAAGAAGCACGGGAUGAAUUGGUCAAGUAUCAUAUUGAAGAUUUGCCUUCAGAGGCGAGUUGUAAUCCGUGGAAUCUGCAUGCGCGUUGGGGUCAGUAG